AUGAAGCUCUUUUCUUCCAGAAACCUUUUUUCUGUUAUAGUUUCUCAAAAACCCAUUUCUGAAAAUCAAAAGCAUUUCUUUUUGUGGUUAAAGCUUCAUCUGAAGCAUCGAAAGAUGAAGAGUAUGAGGAAUGUGAAGUACGAGGAAGCAUUAGAGAAAUUUGAGUCAGUUUUGGGAACAAAAUUAGAGCCUAAUGAAGCAGCAGUGGCAGGUUUUGAACUCCCACGCUGCAAACAAUGUUCCCACAUCCACAAUUGCCAUGGUGCAACAACAACAACAUCAAGUUGCACAGAUGUAUCCACAAGUUCAUCUUUCACAUUAUGCUAAUCGUAUGCCCCUAUCGUCAGUUUCUAUCUACAGUCUAUGUACCGCACAUGACUGUGCCGGGAUACUCAAACAGUGCUCCCUAUCCUCAUCCUACGAAUGGAAACUAUGUAUUGAUGCCUAGAGGCG